CAUGGGGAGUCAGCAGAGCCUGGUACAUUCAGUUGAGGCAGGUCCAAGCCCCUCCCCCCUGCACCAAGGCUGCACAAGGGGUCCCACCAUAGGCACUGGGCUCCAAAAAGCCCGUUCAGAGCAUCAAGCACUUUUAAUGCUUGAAGCUAUCUCUCCAGUCCCCACCUACAAUUAUCAAUAAUAUAUUUAUUAAAGGCAUUGGGAAAUGAUGUGAUUAACAUUGGUCUGCUUCUUCAAGGAGUUAUGUGAAGAAGCCUAAACUGAGUGAUAUAGUUUUUAUUUAUCCCAGAAUAUUGAUUUAUGACCCAUACCUUUAUGAGGUUUUUUUGUUUAUCUCUUCAUAGUUUUCUGUAAUGGAAAGGUAGUUCCUCUUCUUAUUGUUACCAAUAUCAUAUUCUUUUUUGGUAGAAACUUGAGAGAGGAAAGGAUUUAAAUAUAGAUUUUCAAGACACUCUGGAGCUUUAACUGCACACAAUUUACACUUGUGAUCACCUUGGCCUUCAUUAGAUUGUGUGCUCUGUUUAUUUUAUGACAUAAAAGAUUACACAGACAAUGAGUAUAACCUGCUUUUUGAAUGAUCACCUCAAUGCCUCAGAGUCAAAGAUAACUUGGGCCUUGGCACCAGAUAGAUCCAGGCUUCAAUCUCCGUUUUGGCAGUUACUGGAUUUAGAGAGGGUAUUGUCAUCUCAUGGCUCAUUUUACCCUUCUGCAAAAUGUGGAUAAUGGUGAUUUCCUUGGAUGCAUGGACUGAGCUCUAUAAACAUUUCUCUGGAGGGGAACCAUGGGGGUCACCGGGAGACAAUAUCUGCACCCCACUAGCAUCUACUGAAGGGUGGCUGGGCUGGAUCCUAAAGGACACAGAGGAAGCUUUCUCUGAGUUUUGCUUUUUACCUGCUUUUUUUGUAAUGUUAAAACAGGAACACCUCACUGACUGCCUUUGCUGUUACCAUGGUGAUCCAGGUUCAUUUUAGAAGGAGUGACAGGACAGAUUGGUCUGAAGAAUUGUGAAAUCUCACACUCUAAAAAUAAGGACUGGGAAGUCACAGUGGCACUGACAAUGGAGGAUGGGUAGAACUUCUGCUAUCUCUCAGCAACACAGAAUCAGAAAACCCACGGUGAGCUCGGAAUGCUGCCAGAGUAUGGGUCUCCAGGUUUAUCAGGGACAGUUGUGUGAGUGGUUUCUCGAGGGAGUAAAUUAAAUGAGGUUGACUGAACAACAUCCGCUCCAGUGUCUGGCAUAGAAACAGCAUUAGGAAAGCAUGGGCUGUUCGGCAGUAUAGUUCCUUUUUCUGACUCGUCACCCCAGUGAGGGGAAAAGGAUGUCAUCAUGUAGUCACCAGCAGAAGAGAAAUUUCGAAAGAGACCUCACUGUCAGAAGGGCAGCCCACAACCACCUCGGCUCUCAGAGGAGACUGAGCUCCUCAGUGAAUGUGUCUGAGGAGUGGACCAGUGUGUCUGUCCACUAGGCAUGGAACCAAAGCGGAUCAGGGAGGGCUACCUCGUGAAGAAGGGAAGCAUGUUUAGCACCUGGAAACCCAUGUGGGUUGUACUGCUAGAAGACGGAAUUGAGUUUUAUAAGAAGAAAAGCGACAACAGCCCCAAGGGAAUGAUCCCCCUGAAAGGAAGUACUCUCACCAGCCCCUGUCAGGACUUUGGCAAAAGGAUGUUUGUAUUGAAGAUCACUACAACCAAACAGCAGGACCACUUCUUCCAGGCAGCCUUCCUGGAGGAGAGAGAUGCUUGGGUUCGGGACAUCAAGAAAGCCAUUAAAUGCAUUGAAGGAGGCCAGAAGUUUGCAAGAAAAUCCACACGGAGGUCCAUUCGUCUGCCAGAAACUGUUGACUUGGGGGCUUUGUAUCUGUCCAUGAAAGACACUGAAAAGGGAAUAAAGGACCUGAAUCUGGAGAAGGACAAGAAGGUUUUUAAUCACUGCUUCACAGGUAACGGUGUCAUUGACUGGCUGGUUUCUAACAAGCUGGUUCGGAAUCGCCAGGAAGGCCUCAUGAUCGCUGCAUCACUGCUCAGCGAAGGGUACCUGCAGCCUGCGGGGGAUCUGUCUAAGAACGCGGCCGAUGGAAUAGCUGAAAACCCUUUCCUGGACAACCCCGAUGCUUUCUACUUCUUUCCAGACAGUGGAUUCUUCUGUGAAGAGAAUUCCAGUGAUGACGAUGUGAUUCUGAGAGAAGAAUUCAGAGGGGUUAUCAUCAAGCAGGGAUGUUUACUGAAGCAGGGGCACAGGAGGAAGAACUGGAAAGUGAGGAAGUUCGUUCUGAGAGAAGACCCGGCCUACCUGCAUUACUAUGACCCUGCCGGGGGUGAAGAUCCCCUGGGAGCAAUUCACCUGAGAGGCUGUGUGGUGACAUCAGUGGAGAGCAAUCCCGAUGGCAAGAAGAGCGACGACGAGAACCUGUUUGAGAUCAUCACAGCAGACGAAGUUCAUUAUUACUUGCAGGCGGCCACUCCCAAGGAGCGUACUGAGUGGAUCAAAGCUAUCCAAGCGGCUUCACGGACUGGGAAAUGAGGAUACUGAGGAUCAUCAAGGUGAAUCUGACUGGCCAAGAUUCUACAACCAGGAUAACAGAGGUGGACUUCACAGUCAGAUUCUGAAUUUUUAGUUGGCAUUUUGUUUUGUUUUCACUCUCCUCACAUGCUUCCUGGGUGUAUGAUUUUAAUCUACUGUCUAUUUAAUAUUCCCUGUAGCAAGAACUCUCCAGCCUUAUAAGGCUGUACUUCCCCCCAAGCACUCAAAUAAAAUGAUACUGUGCCUGCACAGCUUUCCAUGGGAAGUCUGGACCCAUCACAAAUUUUCCAAAAAAUCUCAAGGUUAGGGGAGAACUAGCCCUUUCAUCCCCCCUCAUUCCGAGUUCACCUCCCUGUUUUCUUAUCACCUGCCCCCUUGAAUAAAAUAAUUACCACAACAUUCCAUGUAAAGCCUCAGUCUACAUGUGCACCUUGCUCUUCCACACUUCUGCUCAAUGUCACUUCUCUACAUGUCAGCUGGAUUCUUCGAGAAGCUGAUCCUGAGACAGGAUAAGGUAUGAAAGAAACUUAUUGAGAAGGGGAAAGGACAUUACCAAAAUACACAAAAGUGCAAGGAAGUAGAGAUUGGGUGAGGAAACUUCAAUGAAAAUCUAACAACAUUUGCCCUAGAAAGAGUAGCAAAGGACCACCUUCCCCAGCAGACAUUUGAGCAGUACAUCAGGUGGAGAAGUGAACCAAGGUGAUGAUAUAUCUAUGGACUCAUGAACACUAGUGAAUUGUCUCUCUGCUUGUUCGGGGUCUUGUGAGGAAAAAAGACAGAGGGAUCAGAGCCAAGGGGUUCUAGGGAAGAAGCAUAUGGAUGGACAUUUGGGAGUGGGUGUAAAGUGUGAAGAUGUGUGUGUCAUAUCCUAGUAUUCCCAGAAGCUUCCACCCCCAAAUCACUUGGCCUGUUGUGUGAGGUAGACCUUGUCUGCAAUUACCACAGCACUAGCACAAAGGACACAAGAAUGGGAUGGCCACAGUGGUGGACAUAGAGGCCACAUACAGGGACAACGGCAUUGGCUUCUACUUUCCACGGCUGAUUAAGAUAUUGCCACCUCUGAGUAUCCAGCAUGUGAGCAGUGAAGACCAGUGCUGAGCAUCAUGUGACAUUCUUCAAGGAGAUCAACAAGUCAUUGGAUAAGUUGGCAACAUUUCAUUCUGAAUGUUUUGUCCUCACAAGAACAGACUCUGAUUCUAGCUACAGAUUUCUCUUUCACAGUGCUCAAUCUAUAGACAAAGAGUCCACAUACUAUAACAUCUAUUUAGAGAGUUAUUCUAGGUGGGAAAAGAAAAUGAGGAAAUAGGCCCAUAAAAUGGGUUUAACUAUCUGUCUAGUGCAUCUCUCAAUCACAUCUCCUUGAGCCUCUGCCUAGUUCAUGAGUUACUUGUUCUUAAUACAUGUUAAGAUCAUCCUUCUUAUAGAUUCACACCUCUGCAUUUAGAUAAGAACCCUACCAUUUAUUGUCUGGGAUCAUUUCAAGAGCCUCCAAAUGGGCUUUCCUACCUCACAACCAUACUCCUAUCUACUUUAUCUAUUUUAGCCCCAAACCUCAUAUGAAAUGGAGGUCCCUUAAAUAGUUAAUGCUGCUUAUCUUCCAGACCUCAGCUCAUCUCCAACUGUUCCAUUGCUUGUGCCAUGGAUUCCAAUGUUGGUGAACUGUAAUGGUUAAUAAUGUCAGCUUGACUAAAUUGAGAGAUGCCUAAUGCCUAAGGGAUCAGUUUAGCACACCUAUAAGUAUAUCUGUAGGGGGAAUUUUUAGAGAUAAUUAGUUCAUGAUAGCUCUGACUAAAUGAAUGGAUAGCUUAACUACCGGGAGAUGGUAUAACUCUGCAAGUUGAAGGAAGUAGGUCUAUGUGGGUGUGUCUUUGGGGAACUAUAUCUUGGUCUCUCAUUAUUACUCUGCAUUGAUUCCUGUAUGCCAUAAUGUAUCCUGUCCUGGUUCACUACCCUCAGUGACCAUGGUGGACUGAAACCCUUGAAUUUGUGAACUAAAAAUAAAUCCUUAUUCUUA